CUUUUUGGUGGUGAAAAUAAAAGGCAUUCCUGUGCCACGAGCCUUGGCAGUGCCAAGAGACUAUUGCAUUCAGUGUUAGUUAACAUUGGUUCUCAACCGAAAGGAAAAUCUCUCUCCUUCUACGAGAGACAGGCUUCAUGCAGUUGAUCCACGGUUUCAAUGCGCUCUGCGCAUCCCAUAUUGGGCUGGUGCUACUUCUUAUCAGCUUUUCUUUUUCUGCUUUCGUUGCAUCUCGAACCAUCUAUAAUGUUUACUUCCAUCCUCUGAGCCGCUACCCUGGGCCUCGACUUUGGGCCGCUUCUCGACUGCCGUGGAACAUUGUCAACCUUCAAGGCAACCUCGCUUGGACAAUCCGCGAGCUCCACGAAAAGUAUGGCUCAAUUGUCAGGAUUGCACCUGAUGAGCUGUCUUACACGAGUUCUACAGCCUGGACAAAGAUAUAUGGUCAGAGAUCACCAGAGUUUGCCAAAUGUUUUGACGGACGGGGAAUCGCUGGGCCUAGUGUGACUAACCCAGCGGUUCGUAAUGGCGGCAUUGUGACGGCCGAGCAAGAACCUCACUCCCGACUUCGUAAAGCAGUCUUGCCAGCCUUUAGCGACCGUGCACUAAGAGAACAGGAGGAUAUCCUCCAGCUUUAUGCAGGGAAGUUGAUGAAACAACUGCGAUUCUCGAGCGAAACCGGAGCUCCUCAGGACAUGGUCAAAUGGUUUAGCCUUGCUGCCUUUGACAUCAUUAGCGACCUGGCAUUUGGCCAGGCGGCUGGGUGUCUAGACGAUGCAUCCCAACCGUGGUUGCAAGUCAUUGGUGCUCGAGCGCAGGGAAUUGUCCGAUACCAGUUCGCUAUCUACUAUGGAUUUGAGGCCUGGCUAGAAUGGCUCGCCCCAAAGGCCCAGAAGCUUGCUCUGAAGAGACAUGGCGAGUUGACUGCCGGCAAAGUCAAACGCCGACUUCAACAAUCCGAUAACAAAAGAGAUUUUAUGAGUUACAUCUUGGAAAACCCACAAGCUGACCUCAGCAAUGCCGAUUUGGUCAGGAUGGCGUCAGCUUUCAUUGUCGCAGGCAGCGGCACGACAGCUACUGCACUUUCUGGCAUCACGUUUUACUUGUGUAGCAACCCGAAGACGUACACGACACUCUCGGAAGAGAUCAGAACCGCAUUUCAGACCGAUGAUGAGAUCUCAAUGGCAUUGACGGGGGAGUUGAAAUAUCUUAAGGCAGUCAUCGAAGAAGGUUUAAGGAUAUAUCCCCCCAGCCCAAGCGCUCUGCCGAGAUUUGUGCCUGGAAUCGGUGAGGAUAUUGAUGGCAGAUGGGUGCCUGGAGGCACGGCAGUUGGCGUUCAUCAGCUUUCCGCUGGUCACUCGGAACAGAAUUGGACUAAUCCAAGGCAAUUCAUUCCAGAGAGAUGGCUGGACAAGAGCGACGUGUGUAUAUUUGCCAACGACGAUAAGUCUGCUAGUCAGCCGUUUUCUUAUGGCCCUAGGAACUGUAUAGGCAAGAGCAUGGCCUAUGCAGAGCUACGCAUAAUAUUGGCCAAGUUGAUUUGGAAUUUUGACCUCGAAUUGAUGGAGGAGUCAAAGAAAUGGACCUUGAGACAAAAGACAUUCCUCGUCUGGCAGAAAGUGCCUUUACUGGUUAGGUGCAAGGACAAACACUAGCACAUGGUUACUGACCGUGACUUGAGAACUUUGCAGAAAUAGAGAGAAUAAGGGAGCGAACUGUUGCAUCAGCCACUCAUUUGUCGUGUGUGCUAUUAUCAGCAUUGGACCUGUGAAUGUUUCGGUACUUGAGAUGAAAUAUUAUCCAG